AUGCAAAAUGCGUGGAAUAAGUUCAAUAAAGCUAUGCAAAAUAUUCAAAAUGUUAUUCUUACAGAUGAUGAUGAUUCGUUAUUUCUAAAUGAGAAAUGUUUAAGUGUGAAUGAUGAUAAAAGUGGGGUAAAUGAUGAGGACAAUUUAACAAAAAGAGAAGAAACAGAUUACGGAAAUUCAAGUGUGAAGCUAUUGUCUCAAACUACGUCCAGUUUGAAAAAUACUUUAUUUAAAAUUUCCUCCCCUUGUAGUGGCGAUGACAAGGAGAAAAAUCUAAUAGACACGAAAAAUAUUUUAUAUGAAGAAAUUGUGAAGAACAUAAAUUUAUGCAACAAUUUGCUGAAGAAUGAAAAAGUACAACUACUAGUUAAUGAAUACCAAAUUAAUUAUAACAUUUCUGUUUAUGAAAAAGAAGAAAAAAACGAUUUGCUUUUAUUAAAUUAUGUAUGCAUAAAUAAAUAUAUCCUUUUCAUAUUAACGAAAUUUUUAAAUAUAAAUCUUAUCGAUAAAAUGGAGUUCAUUCAUAUGAAUAAGGAAGAAUAUGAUAAUAACAUAUAUCAUCUCUUUCUUAACAUAUUAAGUGCAGGAGGGAAUAUACAUGAACAUGAUAAUAGGAAAGACACUCUUUUUCUAAACCAUAACUACAAAAUGAACUAUUUAAAAAGUGACAAUUCAAAUCAGUAUGAGGUGGAAACAAAGGAAGAAAAGCACUUAAAUCUAAAGUACAAAGGCGAAGAGCAGGUAAUAAACUCACAUCAAACUGCACCACAGGAGCUGAGCAACUCUUCUCAAUAUAAAGAAGAAACGUUUCAUGUUUCUUAUCAGAACCACGAAAAAGAUAUCACAAAUGGAAAUAUUAAUACACAUCAUCACGAAAUGCAUACUUACAAAUGCACGGGACAUGAUAAUGAUUAUCAUUUAAAUAGUUCAUCUGCGGCGAAAAGGGAGGAUGAUAACCAUAAAAACUAUGAAAAAUAUAAUGAAAAAUAUGACACUUUCUACUCUUGUGUAGAUAAGGGAAAUGUUCAGAGUGAAUAUACGAAAGAUGUAGUGAUAAUAGAGCAAGAUGGAAACAAACGGGCUACUCAUCGAUCGAAUUGUGAAAACAAUGUGUCAUACAAUUCUCUUGAUGACUAUAAAAACAAUUUUUAUCAAAAUAAUGAAACUCCACCGAAUUAUACAAAUAAUUAUUUAUCUUGUAACAAAUCUAUGAAAACAAAUGAAGAACCUAUAUAUGGAACUGAAUUAAAUAGAAUAAUCGAAUUUUUUCCCCCCAAAGUUUCACUCACAGAAUGCAAAGAGGAUGAUUUCUGCAUAAAUGAAAUGAAAAUUGAUUUAAAGAAUGUUAUAAAAUCCAUGAAAGAAGAAAAUAAUGUUAAAAUAGACCUACUAAAUGAUAGGAUAAAAUAUCUGGAGUCAGAAAUCAUUAAAAAUAAAGAACGCAUGAUCACAUUUCAAAAACUAAAGGAGGAUGUGGAAAAAUACAAAAAAGAAAUAAAUAACAAAAAUAAAAUUAUAGAAGAUGUCGUUCGCGAAAAAGGAUUCCUGCAAAAUGAUAUUAACGUAAUGCAAACAAAAUUGGAACAUAGCACCAAAAUUUAUGAGGAUAAAAAGAAGCUUACCAAAUACUGUCAAGAAAAUCAUGUCGAUAAACAAUUAGUUAUGGAAAUGCUAAAAAAUAGUAGGGACUCGUUAAAAGCUACUAACAUUAAAAAUCAAGUAUUUCUAAUUUUAUGUGAUAUUCUGGGUAUUAAAAAUGUAAUACAGGGUGUGCAGCAGGAAAAAACUAUAUCCGAUCAAUUUUUGGAGUUCCUGGAUCAGGAAACCAAAGAUCCUUGA